CUUAGAUUCUUCAGUAAUGUUGAAGAGGUCAUCUUUAUUGUUUGUUUUGUGGACAGACCCGACAUCAAGUUGACUCUAAAGCCUUCUGAUGGGUCACCAAAAAACAGUACACAUGGCCAGAGAUCUGUUGAGGAUGCUGUUGUGAAUAUAAUUAUUAAUGCAAUAGCAACAGCAACAGUUGAUCUCCACUUGGAGAAACACAGAAACUUUCCGAAGUGUCAACACAGAAAGAAAGAAGAUUCCCAGAAGUAUAGUAAUUUAAGCAUUUUGCCAUACAAUAGUUUAUCAACAAGACACGAGCAGCGAUUACUAGUGAAAGUAAUUAAAGCCAAUAAUCUUGGUUCUAAAAAAGGUUGUCAAGAGCCUUUCUGUGUUGUUGAGAUGGAUGAGCCGUCACAGAGGUUUCAGACAACAGUUGUAAAGAACACAAACAAUCCAUUUUGGGAUGAACAUUUUCUUUUCAAUUUGAAAAAUUCAUCGGCUGAAAUACUUUUUGAAGUCUAUGAUCGUGGAAAAAACAGUGGAGCAACAGAACGAUUUCUUGGCCUUGGAAUAAUAGGUGUGAAAGAGCUAAUGAAUAAACCAAGCCAGAAGCUGAUCAUUCCUCUUCAGUCUCAACCAAUAGGUAAUGAUGCUGUAACGGGCUCCUUAACAGUGGAGUUCCUGUUUAUGGAUGGAGCAGAAGUGCCGGUGAUCGGUGAUACUUCAGAAAAGCCAAAAGAACUUAUCGAAAGUAACAGCAGGAUAACGCAAGGAGGGACUGUAAUCACCACUACUACAUUUAGAGCUUCAAAAGGCUUAGAAGGUUCAGAUGAAACUUUGGUAGAUACAGAUCUACAGAACUUUGACAGUAAAAAGAAAGUCGAGAGUCCUAGUAUGAUUGACGACAACACUUUGAUAAUUCAUAGCAUUCAUGGGGAAGUGAUCCGGCCAGUCUUAAAGGUAUGUUUGUAACAUUUAACCAUACCCACAUCUUAACAGUGAUAAGUAUUUAAUUUUGUGUAUUUUGUAGUUUAACCAUACCCUCAU